CAACUCGCACCGCCGCUCCUCCCAUCGGUUUUAGAGGGUCUGUCUUUAGUAAAGAGUAGGCAAGUUCUCUCUUCUCACUUCACACCGCGUGUCCUGUCGGCGGGAGAAACGACUACGAAAAUAUCACCAAAGAAUUCCAUUCAAACUUCAUAACCGACCUACCUUGCUUUGCCGCAAUCAUGGAUGCCGCUCUUCGUCAAUCAAAGUCGAUGUGUCCCUUCUUGAAGAAGACUUCGCCUGCGACUCUCCGUUCCCUCUCAACUUCUGCCACAACUCGCCAGGUAUCACCAUGCGGCGGCAGCAUGUCCAACUUGCAGACAAUUGCCCGUCGCUGCCCCGUCAUGGGAAAGGCCCUCGCCAUUCAAACCGCAAAGGUGAGCAACGUGGGAUUAGGAGGUGUGGCGGCCAUUGGAGCCAUCCGCGCCUUCACUGGAAAGUGUGGCAACAAUGGAUCUGGCAAGGCGCGAAUCCAUACAACGCGUGCUCGUGAAGCCAGAGCCAUUGAGGAUACAUUGUAUAAUCGCGAGCGUGGUACGUUGAGUCUGAUGGCAAAACUCCAAUUGUUACCCCGCUAAUCCCUGAAUAGUUCCUCUUCCGCAACACAUCAAACCUCCAGUGGUUCACCAGCCCAACGCACCCAAAUUUGGUUAUGAGGCUUUUUACAAUACUGAAUUGGACAAGAAGCAUAAGGACAAGUCUUACCGCUACUUUAACAACAUCAAUCGCCUCGCUAAGGAAUUUCCCCGCGCCCAUAAAGACAAUAAGAGCGAGAAAGUCACUGUUUGGUGUUCCAAUGAUUACCUCGGUAUGGGUAGAAAUCCUGAGGUUUUGAAGUCGAUGCACGAAACUCUCGAUGAGUACGGCGCUGGAGCCGGUGGUACGCGGAAUAUUUCCGGUCACAACCAACAUGCCGUAAGCCUGGAGAAUACGUUGGCAAAAUUGCAUGCCAAGGACGCGGCAUUGGUUUUUACUUCUUGCUAUGUUGCGAAUGAUGCUACUCUUGCCACAUUGGGAAGCAAAUUGCCAGACUGUGUCAUUUUGUCGGACAGUUUGAACCAUGCCUCAAUGAUACAGGGAAUUCGCCACUCUGGUGCGAAGAAAAUCGUAUUCAAACACAAUGAUCUUGCUGAUCUCGAGGCCAAACUUGCAUCAAUUCCUUCCGAUGUUCCCAAGAUCAUCGCUUGGGAGUCAGUCUACUCUAUGUGUGGCUCGGUUGGUCCAAUUGAGGGAAUAUGUGAUUUAGCCGAGAAAUACGGUGCAAUCACCUUUCUCGAUGAAGUCCAUGCUGUUGGCAUGUACGGACCAAAUGGAGCUGGUGUAGCAGAACAUCUUGAUUAUGAAGCGCAUCUUAAUGGCCGUCCCCGUGGUACGGUCAUGGACCGAGUUGAUAUUAUCACCGGAACUUUGGGUAAAGCGUACGGCUGUGUGGGAGGUUACAUUGCUGGUUCCGCGAAAAUGGUUGAUACCAUUCGCUCCCUUGCACCUGGUUUCAUUUUCACAACUUCUCUCCCACCUGCCACCAUGAAAGGGGCAGAGACAGCAAUCCAAUAUCAAAUGAAGUACCAAGGCGACAGACGAUUGCAACAACUUCACACCCGAGCAGUCAAAGACUCUCUUGCUGAACGCGACAUCCCCGUUAUUCCAAAUCCAAGUCAUAUUAUACCCUUGUUGGUAGGCAACGCCGAACUUGCCAAGAAGGCAUCUGAUUUACUUUUGGAUAAACAUGACAUUUAUGUUCAAUCGAUCAAUUAUCCCACCGUUCCUGUUGGGCAAGAACGUCUCCGUAUAACUCCAACCCCAGGUCACACACGCGAAUUCCGUGAACACCUAGUAUCCGCUCUCGAAUCCGUCUGGACUGAAUUGGGAAUCAAACGUACCAGCGAAUGGGCCAGCCAAGGUGGAUUCAUCGGUGUUGGUGAGCCUGGUGUGAAGGAUCCCGAACCUCUCUGGACUGACGAGCAACUUGGCGUUGACAAGGUCGUUAAGGAGAUGAAAAAGGAUAACAUGGCUCCUGUAGGAAUCAUGGAGGCACUCCUCGAAAGAGAGCGCCAGGAGUCGGCUAGGGCUGUUGGUGCUGCUUAAUUUCCAUCCUGACCUUUUGAUAAAAGGGAUUUGUGAGAGGAAGGGAGCGCUCAUCAGACCCGACGCCACAUUCUUUGGAGCGGGGGAGAUGUGAUUGAUGUUGACAUCAGGACUUCAGGGUAUCUAGCUAGUCGAGAUGAAUUUCAAAAACUAUUGCUGCCCGUGUUUAUCUUAUCCUAUCUAUAUACGGAUAUCCAUUUACUUGAAUUUUUUCUAACGUAUAUUGUAACGAACUCUAUUAG